AUGCAUGUCGAGAAACCUCCAGUAGUGGAACCUAUCUCUGGGUCCGGCUCUACCACUCCAUAUCGACAAAUUUCUGACCGGAGCCUACCAAGCGCAUCUUCAGACGAUAGCGUUGGUAGUGAUGCUACCAGAUUCGACCCAAGGAUACCGUUAGCAACGCCGUUGAAAGACCCCAUAAACAGGCAAUACAACAGGGAUAUCGAGAAAGAGCCUGGUGUCACACAGCCUGAUAUUUCUCCAGACGCACCUCACGCCGGAGAUCCGGAUUUGGUAGGCUGGGAUGGACCCUCGGACCCUGAAAAUCCCAAGAAUUGGGCCACCGGGAGGAGGUGGUAUAUCACCAUGUUGGCGUCAACAAUGACCUUUUGCAUUACGUUUUCCAGCAGUGUUUUCAGCCAGGCCACCGCGGUCACUGCAGUGAUUUUCGGUGUUUCAACAGAGGUGACCACAUUAGCAACGAGUUUGGUUGUGUUGGGAUUUGCCCUUGGCCCUCUGGUAUUCGGACCGCUUUCUGAGUUGUAUGGGCGCCGGAAUCCGCUUCUUGUCGGAUUUGCUCUUUCUGCAGUUUCCCAAAUUCCUGUGGCUGUUUCUCGGAACAUUCAAACACUCUUGAUAUGUCGGUUCUUUGUGGGGGUAUUUGGGUCUGCGGCUAUGGCGACUGUCGGCGGGAUUCUGGUGGACAUGUGGGAUCCUGUUAAUCGUGGAAUAGCCGGGGCAACCUUUGCGUCGGCAACGUUCGUUGGCCCUAUUGGAGGGCCUAUCGUAGGUGGUUUUAUUGUCCAUUCCGACCUUGGGUGGCGCUGGACUGCGUGGAUAACACUCAUUCUAGAGGUUGUUAUAGGCGGUGUCGGAAUACUUACCUUGCCCGAGACGUACAGCCCGGUGCUACUGCAGCGCCGUGCUAUACGUCUUCGCAGAGAAACCGGGAAUCCAGCCUUGCGUGCACCACUCAGCGAUGAGAAGCUUACAUUGGGUGAAGUGGUGUCCAAGUAUAUUUAUCGUCCUUUGAAAAUGCUUGUUUUGGAGCCAAUCCUUCUUCUCAUCACGUUAUAUCUGGCAGUCGCAUAUGGGAUCCUUUACCUUUGCUUUUUUGCCUACCCAGUUUCGUUCCAAGAAGACCGUGGCUGGAAACACCCAGGGGUUGCCUCACUCCCUUUCCUGGGGAUUCUUGUCGGAAUCCUUUGCGGCUGCGCAUUUAUUGUAUACAUGACCAAAACGCGCUUUGCUCGUAAGAUGCAAGAGGCUGGAGAGGUUAUCCCCGAAGAACGUCUUCCGCCGAUGAUCAUUGCCGCCUUCGUCCUCCCCGCAGGACUGUUUUGGUUCUCCUGGACCUCGUUUCCUACCAUCUCGUGGGUGCCGCAAGUCAUGGCCGGAAUACCUAUCGGAUUCGGCAUCAUCGUCAUAUUUCUGCAGGGGCUUAGCUAUCUCAGCGACAUAUAUACGGUGUUCACGAACUCCGCCUAUGCCGGCAAUACGCUUGUUCGAAGCGGUUUUGGCGCCGCCUUUCCCUUGUUCGCAGCUCGGAUGUUCCGUACGCUUGGUGUCCAGUGGGCAGGUAGCCUUUUAGCAUUUUUGACUGUGGCAAUGAUUCCAGUGCCGAUGCUGUUUUAUGUAUACGGGAAGAGGAUCAGGGCGAUGAGCCGGUUCACUCCGCAGUUUUAG